CGGAGCUCUUAAAAAAACCUGAAGAGCAAAACAAGCUCUUCUUCACACUUCAUGUUACUGACUGAAGUCACUGAAGACGUUCUGUGUGAGAGAGCAUAGGCGGACCAAACUCGUCUCACGAUGGGAGUUAAGGGGCUUCAAACCUACAUCGAGAGCAACAGUGACUUUCUGAAGACCCGUCUCUUUAAAGGAAGCAAACUCGUCAUCGACGGGUCCAGUCUGUACUACUGUCUCUAUUUCAGGUCUCCUCUGGACCAAGCACACGGCGGAGAUUACGAUGAGUUUGAGAAAAUAGUCACGCUGUUUUUUAGGAAUCUUAGACUGUGCAGUAUUGAGCCCUACGUGGUGCUCGAUGGAGGGGACGAUGCCAGCGGCAGAAAAUUUGACACUCUGAAGACAAGAUGUCAAGAAAGAAUCAGAAGAGCCAAAGCCGUGUCCAGGGGAGGUUCAGGAGAAAUUUUACCCAUUCUCACCAAAAAAGUCUUCAAGCAGAUCCUUCGGAAACUCGCAGUUCCCUUCAUUCAGUGUCUGGCAGAGGCGGAUUGGGAAGUGGCCGCAUUGGCCAACGAGUGGAACUGUCCUGUUCUGUCCAACGACAGCGAUUUUUAUAUCUUCAGCCUCAAUAAUAGAUUUUUGCCCAUCAGUCAUUUCCAGUGGAGGAAGGUGAUUCAGAAAUCUGCUGCCAAAAAAUUCAUCCUUGCCAAAUGUUUUAAUUAUAAGUGCCUCUGUAAUGCUUUCAAUCACAUGCAACCACCACUUCUUCCACUGUUUGCCACCAUCCUGGGAAACGACUACACCAAACUGGACAAAAGUGUCUUUCCAAACUUCUCAAAGUUCUCAACCAGACCUGGAGGAAGCGCUCAGAUUGAUGGUUUACUCAUGUGGCUGUCUCAAUACCCCAGCCCAAAGAAAGCAGUCGAGGCUCUCCUCAGCCCCCUGGGGAAGAGCAAAAAAGCAAAAAACCUCAACACUGCAAUAAAUCAGGGUAUGAAAGCAUACAGACUCGCUCACAGCUCCAUAGCACAAUUCUUCAUAACUGGAGAACCUAAGAAAACACCUCUGGGACCGUUAAAGGCUCUGCCAGAGUGGACUCUGAAACCUCUGGCAGAAGGCAAGCUGGCUACAACCAUCAUAGAAGUCCUGACACUGCGGAGGGUCAUGUUGAACAUUCAGGUGGAGGAUUUCAGUCUGAACAGCAGUAGUGAGAUGUCCCAGCUGGUUAGACAGGUGAUGUAUGGUGUUCUGCUGUGUACCAGGUGGCAGAAAGUCAGUAAAGUCGGCACGUCUUCUCAAGAGGAACAGCAAUAUAACGUGGAUGAAUACGACAGGCAGGACAUGAAGCUGACCUGCUUUACCGUUCCAGCUGUUCUACCAAGAUGUGUAGUAACACACCUUCACCUGGACUCGCUGUGGGAGGCGUCGCAGCAUUUGCGCCUGCAGGUCAUGUUGGAGGCUCUGGGUGUGAAUCCGAUCUCAGAUUCCCUGCAUGUUCCUGAAGGUCUGCAGCUGCCUGUGUACGUCACAUGUUUCUGGCUUAAAAACGCCAAACCUGAGCCGAGAACAGAAAUGUUCUGGGCUUUACUCACCGGCUUCGUCCACGGAUACCUGUGCAGAGACGAGCAGACUCAGAAAGAUGUUGGCCCGGUGAUUUCGAGGUUUAAAAAGCUGAAGAGUCGUAAGGGUAAGAAGGGCGUGGACCUGGAGCUGGCUCGCGCUUACUCUCAGUGGCUGUUCUGUUUAAGGGACAGCUUCAUUCUGAACCAACUGUUGAACUAUCCGGUGCCCGAGCCGGAGCUAGCGUGGUUGUACUGCGGCUCUUUGGUGCACGCCACAGCCCUUAAGCUGAGGAAAGGCAUCGAACCCGAGUCUUUUCUCGCCGGAGCCCCUGUGGCCAUCAGGCUUUACAGGAAGCUCCGGGCUGCGGUGGAGCUUGAGCUGGACGACAACCUCGUCGCCAGGCUGAGGACAUUGCCGAGGGAGGGCCGGGCGCCGGUGGAUGAACUGAGCAAAGAGUUAGAGCAUCUGAUGGACAAGGACGAGGAGGAUGAUGAAGAUGAAGAUGAAGAUGAAGAUCAGUGUACAAAGGACGACAAGGUUCUCGAGGAAAAGUGCAGUGUUCGCACGAGACACAAAACCAAACGCAGGUCUCCGAAAUUAAGGUGUAAGAAGCACGAGCGUGUGAGCUGGGAAUAAAGUUAUGUUUCAGAGGAUUCUAUGUUUGUUUGCUCGCUUUUAAAUAAUUAAUAGAAGUUAACAGGUGGGUAGAGUAGCCAGGAAACUUUAGUAAAGUAAAAGAAGCUGUACUUCAAAAUAAUAUCCCUCAAGUACUGAGUAACUGCUUCAAUCGUAAUGUCCGAUAAUUUAUUUUUAGAAAUUAUAAUAAUUAUAUAUUAUUUUACAUACACACACACACAGUAUACUGUAUGUAUAUAUGUACACAGUAUAACAUGUUACAUGUAUAUGUAUAUUAUAGUAAUUAUUUAUGCCAACAUUGCAACAUUCAAUGAGAGCUAAACUUACCAUGAAAUAUUUCCUUAGGGGUUAGAAGUUUUAAGAGUUUUUAAAGGUUAGUGUGUUUAUAUGCUAAAGUGUGUGUGUUUGUCAGAUAGAGCAGACACUUCAGUAUGAAGCUGUUCUUUUGCACUGUGUGUAAGUGAAACAUGCUGUGUAUAUAGGAUAUAAGAUAUAUAGGUAUAAGAUUUUUGCCCAUGUGGUUAUUGUUAUUGCGGCUGAUUGGUCAAACAGUCACGUGAUUAUCGUUCCUACGUUUGAUUGGUGAAACACAGUCAUGCAGUAGAUCCAUCGGCUGCACGUGUAGAAUAAACGGUUAGGAAAGUAACGAGUCAAGUGGAGCCACGUGUAGCGGAGUGAGAGUAGCGUUUUUCUUCACAAAUCUAUUCAAGUAAAAGUAAAAGUAUGGUGCAGUAAAACUACUCAUAGAGGUACAUUUACUUCAAAAAGUUACUCAAGUAAAUGUAACGGAGUAAAUGUAAAAAAAAAAAAACUCGUUACUUCCCACCUCUGGUAGUUAAUAUAGUAUUCAUUAUUUAUAAUAAUAGUAUUGUUCAUCUCUUCAGUGACCAUUUCAGUGUUUUGAUAUAAAUGGAAACGAUGAUGAUCCUUAAAAUAUCUUCACUGUCCCCGUGAUACUGACUCGAAGGCCACGAAACACGUGACCAUGUAUUUCUGAGAAUCAGUGCUCGAGUCUGGAUCUUAUAUAUAUAUGAUAAUAAUAAUAAGACUAGAUCAGCUCUGCGACAUGAGAGAAGAAGAGAAAUUCCUGCGAUUGUGAAGUCAGGAGGCUCCGCCGGCCGUGUUUUUUAUUCUGCACUGCAUUCUAAAGACUGGAGUUUAGCACUUAUUUUAAUAUUUAAUAAAAUUCUAAAAUAACAAUUAUCUGUUAUCAUGCAUAGUGUUUACAGAAUUAACAGAUUUUUGCAGAAAUCGGUUUAUUACACUCAGGUUUUUACAAUCAGUGUUUUACAGAACAAACACUGACAUUAACAUGCAUUAAUAAAAUCUAAUUUAAGUAGAAUGUUUAAAAUGUGGUGGAACAUUUCAUAUCAGUUAUGCUUAUUGUGUUUGGAUUGUUAAUUUUAAGAUUUUAUGAAUAAAAA